AUGGACCUGGCCAACUCCACUGCAAGAGCCCUGGAGGGGCCAGAGCUCAUCAGAGAAGCAAAGCGAGCCGGCGACUGGCGGCAGGUGCUGACAGCGCUGGAAGACCUUCUUCGGCAAAGCCAGGGGCCGAACACAGCAUGUUGCCUGGCCGGAAAAGUGCUGGCCGAGUCCGAGCAAUGCUUUAACAUGGCGAUUGCCGCGUGUGGGAAGGGGAAAAGAUGGCAGCAUGCGAUUCAAGUUCUUGUCGACAUGUCUGGGCGCCAGUUCACGCCGGAUGCCGUCUCCUACAACGCGGCCAUCACGGCCUGUGCGAGGGCUCGUCGCUGGCACCUGGCUUUGCAGCUCUUUGCGGGGAUGCCGCGGGCAGCCGUCGCCCGCGACGUAGUCAGCCACAACGCGGCCAUUGAUGCAUGCAAGCUAGGGGCAAAUUGGCGCUUGGCGCUGGUCCAUUGGAGCCACAUGUCAGAGGACUCUUUUCCUCGCUCCACGAAUGCAUACAAUGCGUGCAUUAGUGCUUGCAAAGCAAGCAGCCAGUGGCAGUGGGCCCUGUGGCUGUUCCAUGAAAUGAGGCGUGAGAGGCUGCAGCCCACGACUAUAACGCACAGUGCCUCCAUGAGUGCCUGCUUGCAAGCAGGCGAGUGGCAGGUGGCCUUGCUCCUUUUCGACCUCAUGCUCUAUACCAGUGCCAAGAGAGACACCUUGGUUUUCAAUGUGGCCCUCCAUGCAUGCAGUCAUAGUGGUCGGUGGCAGCUGUCGUUGGCACUCUUGCAAGAACUGAAAGGCUCUGCCUUGCGAGCGGACCAGAUCAGCUUCUCCACGGCCAUAGCUGGCGUGGAUGCUGAUGGUCGGUGGGAUGUUGCUUUGAGCCUGCUGCUAAACAUGAGAGCUGGAGGUGGCGUGCCCAACGACGUCAACCGCUCGGGUGCCCUAAAGUGCUUCAAGAGGCAUGGGCGAUGGCAGGCCGCGGUGCUCGCGGUGCUGCCUUUUGCACACGGCAAGGAUGGACUGGUGGCCAGAACGGGGGCGAUCAGCGCCAUGCAACUUCAGGGCGUGUGGGAGCAGGCUCUCAGUGCUACGUGCAGCGCCCAAGCAGGCAGCACAAGACCAGACGGCAUAAUGAUCACGGCCGCCAUCAGCACAAUGAAGGGCAUGUGGCAGCGUGCACGAGGUCUGCUGUGUGGGAUCUGUGGGUCAGCUCGCCUCCAGAGCACCGCGGCCCACAAUGCAGCUCUCGCCACUUUUGAGGCUCGCUGCUGGUGUCACGCACUGCAGUUGGCUCUGGCUUCUCGAUGUGCUGGGCUGAGCCUGGAUGCGGCGAGCUUUGAUUGCCUUAUGGCCACUUGCGGACAUGAUGGCGGCGAUGAUGGAACUUGCAGCUGGGACCAGGUCCUCCUGCUGUACUCAUCUAUGGCGGAUGCGAGGGUCAGCCCCGGACAGCGUGCGUUGGAUGCAGCUUUGCAGGCCGCACCGUGCCCGGAGCUCCUGGCGGCGCUGCCGCGCCUCGCGCUGCGUCCGAGUGCUGCGAAGGCCCUCAUCUGCGCUGCGCCGCGCGGCGGCGUUGGGCGAGUUGCCGAGGUGAACUGCCAGUCGCUGCGCUUCACGCAAAGCAGCAUCAGCGCCAGAUUCCACAGCGGGCAACGGCUGGAGGCCAAGAUUCGAGGACUUCUCCGAGGGAGCGAAGAUCCUUUGGAAGAUCCCUGGUUUAUGCUGACAGUGGUGAAGUACGGUGACCGACUCUUAUGCAUGAGCAAUCGCCGUUUGUACUGCUUGCAAAGCUACCAAGCUCGAGCGCAGUCGCGAGACGACCCCUGGGAUGGCAUGGUGCUCGCGCGCAUCUUCGAGUGGCCAAACUUCAGCGAGGGACCAGAGGUCUUUGAGGAAUUCGUUCAGCAGCUGAAUAACGCCCGGGGGUAUCGCUUGGAAGACGUGACGCUUCGAGAAGGAGGCAAAACAGCUCGCGCAGGGUCCGGAGCCAUGUCAUGCUGGCACCACGGGGUUGGGCAGAAGCAGGUCGAAGGGGUUCUGACCUCCCCUUGUGACAUUGAGUAG